CGUCAUGACGUCAGACGCACGUUCGGAAAAGAGGCGCGAGUGAAGAUGGAUUGAACAGAGACUUCACACUGGAUUUGUUUUUAUUAAAUUUACGAAGCUGAGACUGUUUUCAAGUGUUGUUUUUAUCAGGAUGUCGUUGCUGAAACCCUUCAGUAAGCUGCCUGGUUUGAACACAGCGAACAUCUUGCUGGUGGAAAGUGAGGAGCAGUUUCAGCAGAGUUUAGCUGAUGCUCUGGUGGAGGAGACUGCUGUCACUGUCAAUGUGAGACUAGCCAAGAGUCUCCCCCUCCCUAUGGAGAACGAGGAGAGUCGUCCGAGAAUAGACCUGGUGGUGUUCAUCAUCAACCUGACCUCAGAGCUCAGUUUCCAGUCAGCAGAAGCUUCCCUGAAAUAUUUGGACCCUGGGUAUUUCCUAGGAAAAGUCUGCUUCAUGGUCACUAAUGCUCGUAAGGCUUCGGCCCCCACGGAGCGCCUGGAUGCUGUCAGAAAGCUGGCUGCUUCACUACACUGCCCCCUGUUGUUUGCAGAGGAUCAGACACCUGAUGGUGUGGCCAACGCCACAGAGAGGCUGCUGACCAUCCUGAAGGUGUCGGCCGGUCUCGUUCCCAUGGCUACUGCUCUCUACCUGUCAAACCUGACUCGAUGCACCGUGCCCCCAGACAUCGACCAGCCGAGCUUUGAUUAGCUCCUGUGACUGAUGUCUUUGAAGUGAUCUUCCCUGACUUUACCAUGUAUAUAUUUAUUUGUGGUGGUCUACUGCAACUGUUAACAUAUAGUGAACACAUCAGCACAGUAUUUUCCUUUUAUUCAUUUUACAUUACAUGUUUGAGCUCUGGCUUGUAGCCGCUGCAGGUUCUGUCUUGUCCUUGCAAUCGGUAUUUUCUUUUUUGUUUGUUUUGCUAAAGUGCACAUCAGUAGAACUAGAACUGAAGUCCAUAAAAACAUAUUGUCGCUCUUCCAUGUGGCACCCAUAAAGAAAAUAUGUGCAGAAGACAUUUGUCACUUCAGGAAAACAGGUGUAAAUAGUAAGAUUAAAAUAGCUGUUUUAUUUUCAGGGUCCUGGUAUUGCGCAUGCUGACUCACUGUCAUACUGGCACUGCUUACUGGGACACUUGAAUGGAACAGAGCCAUUGUUACUGUUAUAGUCACACCUGUGCUUUUGCUACCAUGACAAGUCAAAAAGCAAAUGUAUCACAGUAACUGAGCUCUCUGGUCAGUUAUCAUUACUGUUUAACAUGAAACAGAGAAUUUUAACCCAUACAAUGACCUUUGAACACAAACUUGUGACAGAGUAAUCUAACAAAUCAGCACUCAGCAACAAAUUCACUAAUUCAUUAGUUCAAGACUGUGCCCACUCAUGGGGCGCUGACACAGGUGAUUUGAAUCAUUUUGGCUGAUUAGACCUCAGGACUGUUUACAGUCUGAGCUUGACUGACGUCUCCCUCACUCUCCUGUUUGGUUUGUCUCAGCCUGCGAGGGCGGGACAAGUUACAACUUCCAGCAGAGCAGAGGGCUAAUUAGUGAGAUUGAAAACACCUGUGUUGGUGUGCAGGGUUUUAAAAUUAUACUGUGUUGUGAUAUAUAUGAACAUAUGAUGCUGCCACAGAUUACUUCUGUUUGGAAUAGUGUAAAUAAUUAUAAUAUACGUGUCUCUGUAUAUAGACAUGUAUUCAGUUUGUGUUGUCAUAGUUGACAGACAUUUGAACAAUCUGUGGGAUGCUUUUAAUGUCAAACCUAUUGUAAUUACAAGGAAAUAAAACACAUAUAUGAUCAAUAAAAA